AUGGUUCAGGAGGAUAAACUCGAAGGAACGAAACCUGACAGUUCUGCUGCCACUGUUGUCAAGGUAUCGUUCGAAAGACAGCUCGACAAGUUUUUGGCCAAAAUCGUGUUGACGGAUGAAGAGAUCAGAACGCGUUACGAGCCCAUUUGUUUCAAGAUUGACGAGAUUUUCCGGCCGAUCUUCCCGAAAUGCACGACGCGGCGUUUCGGCUCAACGGCCUGUGGUUUGGGUUUGAAAGACUCGGAUCUGGAUAUUUUCUUCAAUCCAGGUAUACCAGUGACGUUCGACGACAGCAUCACUGGACCACACGUGAUAGCCUUUGAAAAGUUAUUUGCCGUCAUAGAGAAAACAUUGCGCUCCCAUUCCAAAUUGUUUGCCCGUAUAAUCACGAUUCCGAUGGCAAGGGUACCAAUUAUUAAGUUCAUUUACAAGCCGACAAAGGUAAACUGCGAUCUCUCGUUCAAAACUUGCUUGGGGGUGUACAACAGUCAAGUGAUAAGGACGUACCUGUCCAGUGAUCCCAACUUUUUACCAGCAAUGUUGAUUAUCAAACAGUGGAUCAAACGAUGCGACUUGAAAGUUCCAAUUUCAAAGUACACUGCAGCUGUGUUAUUUAUAUUUUACUUGCAACAAUUAGAACUGGUGCCAGCAGUGAGCGAACUGAACAAAAAUUUCAAUGCUCCAUUUAGGAUUCAAGGCUGGGAAAUUCAUCAUAACGCUGGAGGGUCAGAUUUUCAAGCAAAAUUUAGCGACAUGAGUAUUCCUGAUUUGCUACUUGGAUUUUUUAAAUUUUAUUCCAACUAUGACUUCUAUAGUAGCAUUAUUAGCGUUAACAGCGGCAAAUCGUACAAUAGAGCGUUAUUGAUGAAUAAAAGUGAAAUUUUACUAAACGCUUUGAUAGUUCAAAAAGAUGAUAGUACAAAUAAUACAAAAGGGGGUAUUCAUUUGCCUUAUUGGAUUACACCAAUGUGUGUCCAAGAUCCAAUUGAGUUAAAUUCUAAUAUAGCCAAAAACAUUAAAAAUGUUCACUUGGAGGCUUUCCAAGUAUAUUGUUCUGCCACAGUAAGCAUUAUUGAAAAAUCAUCGAGUAACAAGUACCUUGAUUUACUUGAUAAUAUAUUUAACUUUAGUCGAAUAAAAAAGCCAAAACUAAAAAUUGAAGAUAAGCCAGAAACGUUUUUCUUUGACAUUCCUAUGAAAGUUGUGAGUCACGAGAAUGUUACAGAUAGGAAUAACGUAAACAAAUGGUUUGAUGACAUAUUUAAUCUGACCAAGUGUUUUUUGGAGCAAGUUUUAUGUUUAAAAGUAGAAGUUGUGAGUAAUGUGGAAAAAUCAAAAAAAUGUGGUUUAAAUGUACUAGUUGAUACAUUACAUAAUUCAAAAGAAAACAUUACAAUUUUAAAUUGUAAGGGAUCGCACCAGCUGUGGUUAAGACAAAAAGAUAUUUGCAAUGGUCUUAACAAUCGCAAUCCUCUUGAAAAAGACAUUAUAAUUUCAAAAGCAAUGCUUGAAAAACCAGAUUUUCUUAAUUUAAAAACAGUUGUAGAUUUUACCAUAGAAUUUAUAAGAUUAACGGAUAAAAAUCCAUUACAAAAAGUUUUUAAUUUGAAACAACAGUCCCUGAGAUUCAGUAAGAAAAAAAAGGUGGUUAAAAAAGCCAGUACAAUCUUAAAGUAA